CUGGGAAGUGGGGAUGACACAGAUAGCAGGUCCUAGCCAGAGCUGCCGCUGCAUGUAGGAGAAACAACGGUGUCUGUGGCUCCCACCCUCCACGGGGGCCGGGGAAGGGGUGGUGUCAGGGGCAUGGACGCUACGCCCCGGGGGUCUCUGCUGCCGGCUACUCUCCUCUCCACGCGCUGCCCCCUGCGGCCGCCGCCAUGGCGCGCGCCGGUGCCCCCCGCUCCCCGGGCCGCGAGCCCCCGCGCCGCCGCGGCCGCCAGCGCUACGUGGAGAAGGACGGCCGCUGCAACGUGCAGCAGGGCAACGUGCGCGAGCCGGGCCGCUACCUGACCGACCUGUUCACCACGCUGGCCGACCUGCAGUGGCGCCUCAGCCUGCUCUUCUUCGUGCUCGCCUACGCGCUCACCUGGCUCUUCUUCGGCGCCAUCUGGUGGCUCGUGGCCUACGGCCGCGGCGACCUGGAGCACCUGGGCGACGCGGCGUGGACGCCGUGCGUCAACAACCUCAACGGCUUCGUGGCCGCCUUCCUGUUCUCCAUCGAGACGGAGACCACCAUCGGCUACGGCCACCGCGUCAUCACCGACCAGUGCCCCGAGGGCAUCGCGCUGCUGCUGCUGCAGGCCAUCCUGGGCUCCAUGGUGAACGCCUUCAUGGUGGGCUGCAUGUUCGUCAAGAUCUCGCAGCCCAACAAGCGCGCCGCCACGCUCGUCUUCUCGUCGCACGCCGUCGUGUCGCUGCGCGACGGCCGCCUCUGCCUCAUGUUCCGCGUGGGCGACCUGCGCUCGUCGCACAUCGUCGAGGCCUCCAUCCGCGCCAAGCUCAUCCGCUCGCGCCAGACGCUGGAGGGCGAGUUCAUCCCGCUGCACCAGACCGACCUCAGCGUGGGCUUCGACACGGGCGACGACCGCCUCUUCCUCGUGUCGCCGCUCGUCAUCAGCCACGAGAUCGACGCCGCCAGCCCGUUCUGGGAGGCGUCGCGCCGCGCCCUGGAGAGGGACGACUUCGAGAUCGUCGUCAUCCUGGAGGGCAUGGUGGAAGCCACGGGAAUGACUUGCCAAGCUCGGAGUUCCUACCUCGUGGAUGAGGUUCUGUGGGGCCACCGCUUCACGUCAGUGCUCACCCUGGAGGAUGGCUUCUAUGAGGUGGACUAUGCCAGCUUCCACCAGACCUUUGAGGUGCCCACACCCUCGUGCAGCGCCCGGGAGCUGGCCGAAGCUGCUGCCCGCCUCGACGCCCAUCUGUACUGGUCCAUCCCCAGCCGGCUGGAUGAGAAGGUGGAGGAGGAGGGGGCCGGGGAGGGGGCGGGGGCAGAGGCUGGCGCUGACAAGGAGCAGAACGGCUGCCUGCCGCCCCCAGAGAGUGAGUCCAAGGUGUGACCCGUUCCCUCCAGACCCCUGUGGCAGGGCCAGACACUGGUACCCGGGAGCUGGAUGUCCGAGGCCGAGAAGGAGGCAGGCAAGAGCCCUGGGCAUGUGCUGAAGCUGGGGAGCGCCCUCGGAAUCUUAAGCCUAGAAUCCAGUAAAAGCUAGGGCGUCUGAUUUCGUGGAGGGUGGGGAUGGGCGAACGUGCCAGCCUGUGUUUGUCCUUCACGUCUGUUCAGGGUGGAUGGCUGGAGCGAAGGGUGGACUGCCGUGGGCCACAUGGGGAGGUGGUAGCGGAGUGAGGGCCGCUGGGGGCUCCGUAAACUGGCAGACAGAGGUGGUGCACUUGGGGCUGCUGCUAACCCAGAGAGAGGGACUUGCAAGUUCUAAAAAGGCACCCUUUACCCCCAGGCCAAUGCCACCCCAAACCAGCGCGCACUGUGUGGGGAACAGAGCGCGGGCUAGAUUUUAGUCCCCCCUCGUCUCCUUGGCCAGCCUCCCCGUGUAUGGCACACCUGUCUCGCUGGACACAGUGGCCGAGCUGACCCAGAGGAGAGGAGGCUAGAUGGUAGGUGGGCAGAGAUGAGGGUCACCAUGGUGACAGGGGGAGCAAAAGGAUGGGCCCUGCAGGCGUGGCUCAGCGGGGUGUGAAUGACCUUGCCCCCAGUGCAGGAAAACACACGGUGCCUGACCCCGUAGCAGGGCCUGGAAAGGAGAAAAGGAGAACCAGGGACAGCUGUUUUCUGAGAGCGAAUGAGAUCUCAAUAGCGCCUCGGAGGCAGGAGGUAGGGGACAUUCUGGGGAGCAGGAGGGGUCAGGAGAGAGAUUCAGAAAGUGAGUUCGCUAGACCUGGGACACAGGGGCCCGCCGGAAAAAAAGAAAAUUUGUCUUGGGGCCCAAUGAUAGGGCAUUCCCAGAAUUUCUUGGGGCACACCAAGUACAGAGCAUGGACCCCGCGAAGGUGGGGUGGGCAUUCAGAGCGCAGUGCGCCCAGGGAAACAGAGAAGUCAGCCCCUGCGGCAACUGGACAAGGUAUGGUCCGGACUGAGCCCGAGCCCUCCCUCAGAGCAGAGGGCAGGAGGGCUUGGUGAUGGGAAAUCUAGGGAGAAUGAGUAAGCCAGCGGUUACCAAACCCGGGUGUGUGUCAGUCACCUGGGUAGCUUGCGAAAGCACAGACCUCUGGGCCCCACUCCCAGAGUUCCUGACUCAGUAGGUCUGGGGUAGAGAUCCAAAACUGGCCUUUCCAGCAUGUUCCCAGGUCAUGCUGACGCUGCUAGACCGGGGGCUGCCCUUGGAGAACCACGGCCCUACACAGAAGACUUGGGAGUCGUAUCAGGAGUAGCUGAAGGGGACGGAGGAGAAGCUGAGAGGGAGCGGAGAAGCUGGGCAGUAGCUAAGGGGAGCGGAGGGGGGCUGGGGUUGCUGAGGAGAAACCGAGGACAUGGGGGGCAGAGACGGAACUAUAGACCACUGUGGGUGGGAAAGGGGACCCUGAAGCCCAGGCUGACAAGUUAAGCUCUGGGCCUGGGAACGCAGUCAUCAGGGAAAACUCGGGUGAUGGUGUUCGGGGAAGAUGAACAGGCGAGAUAGGGAAACCCCCGAGGGGUUGCUGGGCAGGGGCUGGGGCUGGAGCGGGACAGGCCUCUGCGACCGGAGAGUGAGGCCCUCGUAGGACUUAAGAGUGGGUGAAUGUGGGUGACAAUGUGAGGCAGAAGCGGGAUGUGUCUGCGGCCUGAUGUCUGCCCAGCUGGGGCCACAGGCCCCGGAUACACGGUUCCCGUCCCACCCCACCCCUUCCGGGUCAUCAGAAUCACAGCGGGGGGGGGGGCAGCCGUCCAGGAUGGGGAGGGGGGAGCGAUGACAGUCUCGGACAGACGGAGGUGGAGGGGCCUCCUGAGAGAAAAGGGUCGGUUCCAGGCAACGGCUUACUCCCACAGCACAGCCAGGCGGGGACCUCCUCUCCUUGGUCCUGGCCACACUCUGCCUCUGUGCUUUAAUAAAAGACGGAGCCCCUCGGGGGAAAGCAGCCCAGUCGGCUCCAUUCCAGACUGGGAAGCCGAGGUCCUGUGGGUCCCAGGGCCUCCUGCAAGCAGGAGGGGGUCGGAGAGAACGGGUGCCCCAGAGAAACCGCUCUGCCUCCGGUCACAGGGCUACCUGAGUCACCGGCAGUCAAAGAUGAGGUCCUGGACCCUGGCCUCGGCUGUUCCCUCAAGAACAAAUGGUGUAGGACAGGGUUAUUAGGUUUAAUUCGGUGGAACAGGUGAGUCUGGACAGGAGGGGCUGUUGGUAGCCGUGCCGCUCAGUUACAGCUCAGGGCUCCGCUGUGCACAGUGCGAGAAGGCGGGAGCCCUCCAGUGGGCUCCUGACGCUGCCGCUAAUUAGCUCCAUGACUCUGGGCAAGUUACACCACUUCUCUGGGCCUCAGUUUCCCCUUCUGUAAAAAUUACACUUAGCGUACUAGUAAUGCUCAAUAAAUGUUUAAACAACUGAA